AUGACAGGCUUUCUGCGGCCGCUCGCAAGCAGAGGGACUCGGAGAUCAUGCAGCAGAAGUAGAAAAAGGCAAACGAGAAGAAGGAGGAACCCAAGCAGCGUUGUGGCUUCGUGUCCAGCCCUCUCGCCCUGCGCCUGUGUGCCUGGAGCCAGCCCCAUCACGCCCGCGGUUUCUCCCGUGGCGCUCACGGGCCGGCUCCGAAGGCGCGCCCUUCACCCUGGGUCUGCUCGGGUCCCGUCUGUGCUUCCUGCCCCUCAGGCAGCCUCUCUCCGCCUGGGCCACUCCUGGGGGUGA